AUGAACGCGACAAAGCUUGAACUAUACGACAAUAAUCAGUAUGCCAGCAAUAGUCUGUCUGGGGUCACGUCCUCUCUCCCACGUGCCAGUUCCUUCACGUCGUCCGACUCUGACUCCGCCGGAGAAGACGACCGAGAUGGCUCUAGGAAACGAAAAAGGCCUAUGAAUGUCACUUGCGAAGCUUGCAAGCAGAGAAAAGUCAAGUGUGAUCGUGCCCAGCCAUCCUGUGGCUGGUGCUCUCGCAACGACCAUCCAUGUGAAUACAAAGAGCGGAAGAAGCCCGGCCUUCGAGCUGGCUAUGGCCGCGAGCUGGAAGGUCGGCUCGACCGGCUGGAGUCACUCCUCGAAGAACAGGGCCGUCAAUUAGCAGCCCAUCUGGCAGAGGCCUGUACAAUCGCGCCUACAGGUGGCAGCAAUGCCCAUGUCCACAGGCCGAGUGCCCAAGGCCUCGCUCCAGAGGGUCCGACACGCGCUUCUUAUGAUGCACAAGCUGUGACUUUCGAAGAGGAGGCGCCGUUUCAGCAGCCGUCCAUUGACCCGCACUUGCGGUCUUCUGCCUCUCGUCAUGGCUCCUCGCAUUAUCCCUCAGGCCAGCAAGGUAUCCAAGACCAGCAGAUGGCUGCGCUCCAGAGUCACUAUACGCCCUCCGCGCACUCACAUGCCCUAACAUCGCCUCAUUCGACAACCGGGUACCAGGGGACACAGGUCUUCAACGAGCAUUCGGCCAUGCUGCCUCCAUAUGAUCUGUUGUACUCGCUGGUUGAUCUGUAUUUCAAGCAUGUCAACAUCUGGCUGCCCUUGCUGGACAGGAAAACCACUCUCGACACCCUGUUUGGAUCUUCUUCGCUCGACGAGGCCGACAGAGUGCUGUUACAUGCCAUCGUUGCCACGACUUUGCGCUACUCCCAAGACCCUCGACUGACACCCGAGAGUCGGCAACACUAUCAUGACACAUCAAAACAGCGAGUCCAACUUUUCGGUCUGGAGAACUCCAAUGUAAGAGCAUUGCAGGCCUUGAUUAUACUGGGCUUGGACGUGACAGGAACGACAAACGGGCCGCCGGCCUGGAAUUUGCUGGCCCUGAUCAGCAGGAGCAUGGUGCAGUUAGGGCUGGCAGUAGAAUCAUCGUCGACCCUAGCAUCACCUAUGUACCCGUCGAUAGCCACUCUUAGAGCGUCCGUUCUACCAGAACCGAAGAGCUGGAUUGAAGACGAAGAACGGCGCAGGCUGUUCUGGGCUGUAUUUCUUCUCGACAGAUAUGCCACCAUUGCCACCGCUUUUGAGUUCGCCCUGGACGAGAAGGAGGUCGACCGCCGCUUGCCUUGCCGAGAUGAUCUCUUUGCUGCCAACAAGACCGUGGAGACGAGAUGGUUUCGCCCUCCCGAACGGCCCCGGUAUACGACCGGCAUGGCCGAAACUCAUGGACACUUCUCCUAUCACUGUGAAUUGAUGGCUAUACUUGGGCACAUCCAUCAGUUCCUCAAGCGACCAAUCGACAUCGGCUCCUUGGCCGAUGUCGAACAAUGGCAAGGGUCAUACCGUGCUCUUGAUAGCGACCUCAACGCCUGGCACUUCAGUUUACCUGAUGAGUUCGCAAACAUUACACGCCUUCUCAAAUCAAAUGUGCCUGCUAAGAAUACCAACUGUGGAUGGGUCAUGCUUCAGGCCGCCCACUGUUUGACCGUGAUUCGCUUGAACUCAUCUGCCGCCUAUCCCAGUCAGAGUUCGCCCAUUUUCUCGUCAUCCUACAGCGCCAUGCAGCGAUGUCUAUCCGCAGUCGAAAACCUCCGUCAGCUAUGUCGGUUGGUCAAGCUCAAUGGCUUGUUGGACCGGCUGGGGCCUCCUUUUGCUUUUGCCAUAUGGGUGGGUGCUCGGGUUAUGCUGGUGCAUGGAUCGACGAUGGAUGACAAGGUAGACCCGGAUAUCGACUUCUUCGUGACCACAUUGUCCGAGAUGGGUGAGUACUGGCCCGUGGCCAAGCGGUACAGUGAGAUCUUGCAUCGAGUGCUGGGAGAAUACCGGCAGUCUCAACGGGCCAGCGGCGUGACCGGGGAGAUGGUGACGCCGUCUACGGUCAAGAUACUUGCCGACAUGCGCCGAUGUGCCUACGAUUUGGACUUCUUGAUAUCUCGCCAGCCGUAUGCGGCCGCAGUCAAGUCGUACCAUCCUACUCGGGCGAAUACACCGGCCCCCAAUGAACUCGAAUAUCUGGAUGUGUUUGAUCUGUUCAACUUUCCUCGUUUACCGACGACACAGGAGGGAGUUGAACCAGGCAACUCUCAAGGGCUCGGCCCAGCCGCCCCUCCAGACCUUGCGGCUAUGAAUGCCGCCAUGAUUCCUAACUUCGCUGUUCCCAACCCGGAAGCUGACUGGCUUUUCCAUACCAACUAG